ACUCACUUACUACCUACGAAUAAACGAACUACUUAUGAACAAUUAAAUAGUACACAGUAUGUGCUAUUUGGAUGCCAACGUGUAACUAUGUUACAGUUUAUUUCACGUGUGCGUAUAUGCAUGCAGGCGGAUUGCUAGCGUUGUUGAUUCGUCUCGCACUUGCUAGCGCUAGCUAGCAGCUAUUGAUAGCAUAUCAGGGAAUUAAUAUGGGGUUGUUUUGCAUUAUGAUAUAGUAACGUUAUAGGACGCAAACUGGAAGAUGAAGCCGGGAAGUUUGGCAUCCAUGUUUAUUUCCAACAUCUUCGUGAGGUAGUUAAAGCAUGGAGGCGAUCCUGAGCAGGUUGCAUGGGCUGAGCGAUGACCAGCUCCGGGAGGAGGUCAUCGGGGCGGACAUCAAGUGUGGUCCCAUCACUGCCACGACGCGGGCGAUCUUCGAGCGAAAGCUGGCCCGCGCCAUCCUGAGCAGGGAGGGCAUCGACCCAGAGACGGCCACGGAAAGCGCCGGAACCGUCAAGGAGAAGCAGGCCGAACCCACGGUGGACCCCCAAGAGGUGGACUUUGGCUACAACCUGGGGCUCAACCCUCCAGAGGAGGAGGCCUUGCUGGCCAAGCCCAGGACCCCCGGACACGCGGGCACAGAGGGGCAGACCCCCUCAAAGCCCCCCCAGGUGUCCCCUCCCGUUUACUACGGGGUUUGUCCGCUGUGGGAGGAUGUGCUGGACAGGAAUGAAAGGGUCCAUGUGUACGUGGAUAAGAAGGAGGCCCUGCAGGCCGUAAAGAAGAUGAAAGGGGCCAGAUUCAAGCCCUUCUCGAACCGAGAGGACGCAGAGAAAUUCGCCAAGGGGAUCUGCGAUUACUACCCCUCACCCAGCAAGUCCGCGCCCUGCGUGUCUCCGGGGAAACCGGGGGUCGUGUUCUACAAGGAAGGCCCCUCUGUGCUGGAGGCGGAGACUAUCAACAGAGAGCGGGCCAAUAGCUUCAAGAGCCCCCGCACGCAGGACAUCACGGCCAAGCUGAGGAAGGCGGUGGAGAAGGGGGACGCCGCGGCCUUCAGCGAGCUGGUGUGGAGCAACCCCCGCUACCUCAUCGGCUCCGGGGACAACCCCACCGUGGUGCAGGAGGGGUGUCGCUACAACGCCAUGCAUGUGGCGGCGAAGGAGAACCAGCCGGGCAUGGCCCAGCUGCUGCUGGACACCCUGGAGAACCCCGAGUUCAUGCGCCUCAUGUACCCCGACGACCAGGAGGCCAUGCUGCGUAAACGCAUCCGCUACAUUGUGGAUCUGUACCUCAACACCCCCGACAAGGCCGCAUUUGAGACUCCUCUCCACUUCUCCUGUAAAUUCGGCUGCCCGGAAGUAGUCAACGUUCUGUGUUCGCAUCCGGAUACCGAUAAGAACUGCAAGAACAAGUACAACCAGACACCCUCAGAGGUGAUUUGUGAAAGAAAAAAUAAAACCCAAGAGGUGAAGCAGAAGAUCAUGGACUAUAUGGAAGAUCGGGUUUACAUCCCCCUACUGAGGGCCACAGAUAACUCCUCCCAGCCCGUGAUUGGUGCUCCUUGGUCACCUGAGCCAAUGGACGCGGCUUCCCAUUCGUUCCCCAGACUGACAGGAAGUCCCAAGGAUCCGGUUAUGGCAGUGAGGGCCUUUGCUGGUCCUCUGAGUCCAUCGAAGGCAGAGGAGUUCCGCAGGGCGUGGAAGACGCCGCCUAGGGAGCGGGCUGAGCUCAUGCACCACAUCCUGAAGUCCGAUCCUGACCGGGGGGCCGAGAGAGUCGGCAGAGACCUGGCCCAUGAGCGGAGGUACCCCUGGGCUGAGUACUGGGACUUUUUGGGGGCCUUCACGGACCUGUCGUCCUCCGAGGGCCUGAGGAGGCUGGAGGACUACCUCAGCAAGAAGGACGAGCGCGCACGACAGGGGGCCGGGGAGAACGAGACCAGCAACAGGUUCAAAACCCCCUCCCCAGGUAACCGCUGGGACCACGAUGCAGCAAGCUGGCCUAAAGCAAACAGUCCUGUAGGGCUCUCCUUUCAUACUGCAGCCUGUAGCCUAGUGGCUAAGGUACAUGACUACGACCUGGAAGGGAAGCCCAAGAAGUUCUGCAACUCCAUCUCGGUGGGGGCCUACCUGGACGGGGGCGAUGACAUCAGCCUGGAGGAGAUGAAGAACCGACAGAACGCGGCCCUCACCAGCAUCACGGCGGUCUGCGCCGCCAAGGACGGCCUGAAGGGGGCGACGGGCGGGCUGGAGUUCCACAUCCUGCCCGUGACGGGUGGCUCCGACCUCAUCGAGGCGGCGGCCGAGCGGGACCGCCUCAUCGCUGAGGCGGUCGCGGGGAAGAACGGGCUCUGCUCGCCCAGUGACGCCGACAGGACCAACGGCGAGCGCCCCUCCCGCGUCUCCUCCUCCUCCUCCUGCUGCUCCCCCUCCAGCCUCCUGUCCCCCGUCUCCAACCUGAUGGUGGAGUUUGAGCGCAUGUCCCUGCAGGAUGCGGAAGAUCGCCCUCCAGUGGACCGGAGGAGAGGUGGCGGCGGCGGCGGCAGCGCUGGGAGUCUCGUCCGGAAUCGAGAGGCCCGAGAGCUGGGGCCCCCGGACCUUCUCCUCUCGGGGGUGACCCGCCUGUCGCUCGGCAACGACGAUGAUGAUGCAGGGUUCGAGAAGGGCGGUCCGGAGCCGAGAGACGGAAGCUUCUGGGGAACGGCAGAGAGGGGAGAAGUGGACGGGGAGCCUGACGAGAGGAACAGCCACAGCUCCGAAGAGUACCUCACCGGAGAGGAGGGUCCAGAGACCCCCAAACAGAGGACGGAGGCCCCAGAGAGGGGCUUCUGCACCCGGUCCCGGUCCUGGGACCACGGGGGCCGGGAUCUGAGCAGCUCCGGGUCCUCUAGCUCCUCCUACAAAUCCAUGGAGAGCUCCCAAGUGGACUUCAUACUGAGGACUGUGCCGCUUGUUAAAAAAGGACUCUUCAUCGAAGGCGACUCUCCGACCAAGCUUGAUAGGGAGGUCCUGUCCGCCAUAGAAGUCAUCGAGCUCGACCCGCAGAAGUAUCCCAGCAUCCACCAGUGGAAGAGCACGGUCCAGACUUACUCCUCCCCUGAAAUGGAAAGCUGGCCCAGCCCGGCGGUGGGAAAGUCCCGCACAAGGCUUCCGGCCUACCCCCCCGGAUCCCCCGGGAGCGGCCUCCUGUCCACCCCCGGCAGGUUCAGCCCCGCCCGGCACCCCUGCUCCCCCGAAUUCACCAGCCCCGGCCGCUACAGCCCAGCCAAUCCCAGCUACAUCCAGCGUAUCCGCGUCAAGCACUUCCCCGACCCCCCACUCUAACCCCCUCCACUGGGGAAAGACACACUCCACCAUGGCUCUGCCCCCCCUCCGUGUACUACUCAAAUAUGCACAAGUGUCCCGAGGAAACCAUAUUCUUUGGUCAUGUGACGGCACCACUAUAACUUGCGUUAAGGAUUCUCGAUACAAAAGGGUCCUUCUGCAGUUUUAUGAUUUCUCUACAGCAGGUUUCCUUUAGUGUGUGUGUGUGUGUGUGUGUGUGUGUGUGUGUGUGUGUGUGUAUGAAUGUAUGAAUGAAUGAAUGAAUGUGUGUGUGUAUAUAUGCGUGCGCGUGUGUGUGUGUAUAUGCGUGUGUGUGUGUGUGUGUGUGUCUGUAUGUAUGAAUGAAUGAAUGACUGGGCUUAAAAAAGAGUAAUUAUGUGACAGAAAAUUGCCCGUUAUACCUUUUUCAAAGCGUUUUGUUUUAAUAAAAUAAGUCGUACAGCUACAAAGUUAUCCCGUCCCCCGCACCCCCUGCCCAAAAAAACAGAUUUAAAUAAGACUCAUCAAACCUCAGAGUGGAACCCCCUCACAAGUAUGUAUGAACAGAAAAUAUCAAUAGUUUUUUGGUAUGUCACCAUUAGUAGCACAAAAUCUUUCUUAGGACUGUAAAAUAACUGCCAGUUUGUUCCCAGGCUAUUUCUUUCUCCCUCCCUUUCUUUGGUUUGGUUUAGGAACUGCCUUAAUUUUCUGACGUGAGGGACCAGCCUCCAAUCAGAAUUAGCCACCUGUACAGUGAACAGCCAAUCAUUUACCAUUGCAGCUUAUUGGUCUACUGCAACACAACAUUUGAUUCGUUUGUCUCAUAUUUUUAAAAAUGUUUCAAUAAAUGUAUAUUUCCGUUUGUAGAUAUCUCUAUUUUUUUGUUUUUGUUUUAUUUUUUAUCGGUUUGUUCUCUCUUAGCAGUACCGUGUGUAAAGCGUUGAGGUAAUUAACCCUGUUUCAGGAUGAGUUUUGACAUUUUAUUGCCAAACAACCUUGUCUCCCUAGGAGACCUUUAACAAUUUCUAAAAUCCUAUUAUCCAGAGGAUUGUCCAUAGAAUAACCAUAAUUUCCUGUUUCUUGUCUGUAAAAAAAGACUGGGGGAAAAGAAGCACUGUAUAUAGCAGAUUAUUUCAUGAAAUGAAGAGAUGUUUACUAAUAUUUAAUGGCUAAAUGAAUGUGUAAGUGUAAGGAACUUCAGUAGUAUAAGUGGAUGUUUAAAGAUUACUGGCGUGCAAGUGGACUGUGCAGAGUGGUACAUGGAGAAAUAUUACUUCAACAGUUAGACGUUGCAGUUUAACUGCAGGUACUGGAAAUCCAAUAGAAAGUAUGUGCACUGUGGAGUUCUGUUAUGUGACACUUUGUGUCACUAUCAGAAUAGUACAGAUUUGCUGUUGAAUGUUGUGAAUCAGUUGAGGGUUUUGAAUUGGUUGGAGGUUGUGAAUCAGUUGGGGGUAGUGAAUCGGUUGUGGAAUGUGAAUCUAUAGGGGGUAGUGAAAUGGUUGGGAGCCGUGAAUUGGUUGCGGGCAAUUAAUUGAUUGGGGUUAUGAAUCUAUUGGGGGAACUGAAUUGGUUGGGAGCUGGGAAUUGGUUGGAGAUCGUUGGUCAGUUGAGGGUUGUGAAUCAGUUAAGUUGUGAAUCUUUUGGAUUUUGGUGCCUGAAUGUGUCCUACAGCUGUGGAUUUUGUGGCAUAAUCUGUGAAUGGAGAGCACAACCAUUACAGACCGUUACAAGGACUGUAUUUCCCUCGAGUCAACCUUGUGACCGCAAAUGGGAACAACGGUUUUCCACCAACUUUUAUGAAUGUGGAAUUCCUUUGUUUUUACAAUACCUUUUUACAACAGUGUUGGGAAAACUCAUCAUUUCUUUAAUGUGCUUACAGUGUUUUUUUUUGUUUUUUUGCCUGGAUGUCUGUUGUCCAACAAAACCCAAAAAAACGCAUCAUGGAUAUCAGGCUUUCCCACUCAUUCCUGAACGCUCAUCGCUUGCCAGAGCAGGAAUAACAGGAAUAUUUGGAAGGCUGCUUUUGUGGACACGCAACAAAGAGCACAGCUGCAUUAGAAACACCAGCUUACCAUCUUCAAAAAAAUGUUUUCUUCAAUCAUCUUAAGACUCUAGUCCCAACAGUGAAAUGGAGAAGAUAACACAUGAUUUGUAGCCACUGGAGGACUAUCGUAGGGUCUUAAGAACACAGCAUUGCUACUUCAGAAAUGCCCGUUAUGAACUUGCCUAACGACGAUGGCACCAACAUAAGGUCGACUGGGAAAACCACUGUAGUGUCUGAACUAAGCAGCCACACCAGCCUCUCUAGCCAAUCACGUACGCCGAGCACACACAAGCUCAAAGUGUUAUGGGUAUAAUUUAUGCAUCUCCUUUUUUAAGUUUUGUUAUUUUUUUAUAUGAGACAUUGGUCAUUCUUGUUUGCAAGAAUUUGUCAUUGCCCUCCACUCUCAUUGGUUAGUGAAAGUCAAAACCGCGUCUUGCUUCGUUUAGCUUUUUUAGUGCCUUUUAUAGAAUGACAAAUGUGUCCCUCUUACCAGUGUGUUAAAAAAAAAAGAAAAAAAAAAGUGGCACUGACCUAACCUGUUCCAUUUGACGUUUUUCUCUCUUUUUUUGCCGAAGUAGCCCAAUUUGAAUAAACUACAGUAGCAUUGGUAAAUGCAGUGUUUUAAUACCUCCUAAAUAAGAUUGUACAAGUUUACAAUUGCACACACACAUACUCGUAAAUAAUGCCAGCCUUGCUACUUUUAUUUCAUGCUUGUAGUAGCAACACUGUGGUACGUUGGAGUUGCUGUCAAGUGUUGAGUUCAGAUUCUUUUUCUCAUCUCGGCUUCCUCACUGCAUGCGUUUAUAGUCCUACUUUAUUCCUGUAUAUGUCGAAGAAAGUAUUUGGUGUACUACUGAGCAGCAUAAUAAAUAAGUGCACACUGUCUCCCUCUGCCACCC